AUGCCCCUGAAGCACGAUGAGACAAGUUCUCAUCGCCGACAAGCAGAAGCAUCAGCAAGCAUCGCUCCAGGUCUCGCUUUGACGGUUUUGUUCGUGUUCAGGCUGGCCAAUUCAUACUUCGUCCAAACCUCGUUCCAACCCGAUGAGUACUUUCAAUCGUUGGAGCCAGCAUGGGAUCUCGCAUUUGGACCAGAAAGCGGCGCCUGGCUCACCUGGGAGUGGAGCGAACGGCUGCGAACCUCCGUUCACCCUUUUCUCUUCGCGGUCGUAUUCAAGUCAACAGACUUGCUCUGUAAUCUCCUCGGAGCCAAUGUCCACUGGCGUGCCAAUGCGCUGCUAGCCGCCCCGAAAGUGCUUCAAGCCUUCUUCGCGGCAGUUUUGGAUUAUCACACUUGGCGCUUGGCCGAUUUACUCCACGGACGGCGGACAUCGUAUGCAGCUCUUAUAUUGACUCUGAUAAGCCCAUGGCAGUGGUUCUGUUCGACCCGGACGUUCUCAAACUCUCUGGAGGCGACAGUGACCGUGGUAUCGCUGUAUCUCUUUCCAUGGAGAUGGUUCCUCGCAGCGGAGGCGACCGACAAGCAGCCAGGAGUCAGAUCUGGACCCGCAGGACUCUACUCAGCGCUCACAGGCGCCGCCGUGGCAUUCUAUUUCCGUCCGACCAACAUUCUCAUUUGGAUCGCCAUAAGUGCUGGCUUAGUGUGGUGUACUCGGAGCUUUGCAAAGUCGCUUGCUCUUGUCCAAGCUGCUGCCAUUGUUGGGACAACAAUUGUCGCCGUAUUUGCCAGCGCCGACAGAUUGUAUUAUGGCGAGUGGGCUUGUCCUCCUCUGCGCUUCCUAUACAUCAACCUCGUCCAGUCCUUGGCCGUGUUCUACGGACGAAAUCGUGUUGACUACUACUUCACGGAAGGGCUUCCUCUGUUGCUGACCACAGCAUUGCCAUUCGCAGCGUAUGGCACAUGGCAUAGCUUGCAACACAGGAACCGCGAUGCGAUGUCGACGCAAGCUUGGCAGAGCAACGUGAAGUUCAUCUUUGCAUUCGCGGUCAUCUUCACCGUGUUGACACUCUCAACGAUCGCCCAUAAGGAGAUGCGCUUUCUCUAUCCUUUGCUUCCGAUGCUGCAUAUCCUGGCAGCGAGACCCAUCGCAAGCUUCUCUCUCGCCUUGACAAGACGUAAGAGCCGAGCUGCGAUACUGCUCGUUCUGCUAGCCGCCAACAUCGUCAUCGCAUACUACACCACUAUGGUCCAUCAGCGCGGCGUCAUUGAUGUGAUGCAUUAUUUGCGGCAAAAGCAGGAGGCGGCAAUGGACGGCUCAUCAGAUGCGAGGAACAUCACUGUCGGUUUCUUGACGCCUUGCCAUAGCACACCAUGGCGGAGUCACUUCGUCUAUCCUGAGAUCAAGGCUUGGGCAUUGACUUGUGAGCCGCCACUCAACAUGUCUCCGGAGCAACAAGCGACUUACUUCGACGAGGCGGAUGUGUUCUACGAUGAUCCUGCUCAUUGGUUACAGCAGAACAUGCGCGAUCUCAGGACUGCGUCCUCCGACGUUGGAGGCGCGGUAUCGAAGGACCUCGAGAAUUCAAUGUCACGGCGUCAGUGGCCUGACUACCUGAUCGUGUUUGAGCACUUGGAGCCGAUAUUGCUUCCUUUCUUGAAGGACAGCAAGUAUGUGGAGGACAAGCGCUUGUUCAAUACUCACUGGCACGAUGACAGUCGCCGCAAAGGCGAUGUGGUCGUACUUGCCUGGAAUUGUAAAUGA